AGAGCAUGAAAUAGACUUUUGAAAAUACAGAUAAGAGAAUGAUUAACAGAACAAACCCUUAAAGGAAAUUGGACAGGAUGAAUGAAGAUCAUAGUUGAAUGACUAACUUAAGUUGAACUGUAAUAUUAGUGUCACCAGGACAGAUGUGAAUAUAUACAUAAAAUGUCUUUGAAAAUCAUGUCAGGAAAAGUGAGCCAGAUGCUAAAGUUAUCUAGCAGGUCCUAGAAAAAUAACCUGGUAGUCCAUAAAUAAAAGUGGGAGGAAAAGAGAGGUCCAACUGGAUUUCUCAACAUCAAAAAAGAAAGGCUAACAGUUUUUGCUAUUUUGAAAUGACUCAAAAGCUGCAGUGGAAACCAACUUCUAAUCCCUGCAAUGUCAAAUUUUAGUUUAGCGAGAAAGUGUGAAAAGAGUGUUUUAGAGUCACAGAAUCACUGAUAUAGAUCUAGAUAGAUCUGAAGUCAUCUGGUCUAACCCUCUUAUUUUGUAAAUGAGGGAACAAUGCCCAGAAAAGUUACAUCACUUUCCCAAGAAAACAGAUAGGAAGUGACAGCCAGUACUUUUGACUUGAGUGAACUUGAAUGACUCUGACUCCAAAGCCACACUGAACAGAAAUGUAGGGAAAUGUGUAUAGAGAUCAAGAAAACAGCAAACUAGGGGAGAGUAGACUUGGUGUAAAUAGAUAUAAGGAUACAGGAGGGGAAAUAGAAAUGUAUAAUUGCUGUCUAUAGCAAAAUACUGUGAAAGGGUUGUAGGGGGGGAAAGGAGGGUUAGAGUGCAGGGAGAAAAUGAUUAAAUUCCUUACCAAUUGAGCAUAGUUUCUGGGACAGCAAGAACUAAAUUGGACCAAAAAUUCUAAUUGGAUUGUUUGUAGGAAACAAUGUUUGCAUGGUAAUUAACUGUCUUCAAAGAAACUGAUUCAUAGGUAAUAUCUGUGGCUAUCUAAUGGUGAUUGUGGAGGCCCAUGAGGACAGGAAGAGAUGGAGGUGAUUUGGGUGCUCCAUUUCUGGUAGUGCUUAAAAGUGGAUGCCUGGGAAGAAGUCAAGAAAGACUAUGGCUAAUGAUAUAUCCAGGUGUGACAUGAUGGAUUCUCUCUAUGAAGCAACCAACACCUUUACCUUGAAUGUUUUUAAGGAAAUCAGUGAAGAAGAUAACUCACAGAAUGUGUUUUAUUCUCCUCUGAGCCUCUACUGUACCCUGGCUAUGGUCUUAGAUGGGGCCAAGGGAAAUACUGCUGCACAGAUACAACAGGUUCUUUCUUUAAACAAAGGUACUGAUAUCCACCAAAGUUUCCAGUCUUUUCUUGCAGAAGCUAAGAAAUCUGAUGGUCCGUGCCUGCUGAGAAUUGCCAACCGGCUCUUUGGAGAAAAGACUUAUGAUUUUAUCUCAUCUUUUAAGGAAUCCUGUCAGAAAUUCUACCAUUCAAAUAUGGGAGAACUUGACUUUGUUAAUGCCCCAGAGGAAGCAAGAGAGCAUAUAAAUAAGUGGGUAGAAGAAAAGACAGAAGGUAAGAUUGUGGAACUGCUGUCUAGUGACUCCAUUAAUCCAUCUACCUCUCUGGUACUUGUGAAUGCCAUCUUUUUCAAAGGAAAAUGGGAAGAACAAUUUCCCAAAUGCAACACAACAGAAACAAUGUUCAAAAUCAGCAAAGAGAAACAGAAACCAGUACAAAUGAUGUUUCUGAAAUCUACAUUUAACAUGACCUACAUAGGAGAAGUGUUUACCAGGAUCCUAGUUCUGCCUUAUGUUGGAGGACAAAUGGAAAUGGUCAUUUUGCUUCCAGAUGAAAUCACAGAUCUGAAAACGGUGGGAAAAAGUCUUACUUCUGAGAAAUUAACAGAUUGGUUAAAUCCAGAGAUGAUGGAUAAAACUGAGGUGGAAGUUUUCCUUCCCAGAUUUAAAAUGGAGGAGAAUUUAGACCUGGAAUGCAUUCUUCGAAAAUUGGGCAUGUCAGAUGCUUUUGAUGCAUCCAAGGCUGACUUCUCUGGGAUGUCAGCCAGGAAUGAUCUGUUCCUAUCCAAGGUUGUGCACGAGGCUUAUGUGGAAGUCAAUGAAGAAGGCACGGAAGCAGCUUGUGCCACUGCAGCAGUCAUGCAGAAGCGAUGUCUAAGAAUGACUCCUCAGUUUAAGGUUGACCAUCCUUUCCUGUUUCUUAUUCGAGAUAACAACUCAAAAAACAUUUUGUUUUGGGGUAAAGUGACCUCUCCAUAAAGAGAUCAUUUGCUCUUGAUGGGGUCUUUUAACCUACUGUUGUUUACCUCUGCUUUAUCCAGAUUCUGCUAUGCCUAUAAUCCAAAGGGUUAUUAUCAACAUGAUGAUAACAAAUCCAAAAAUAAAAUUCUUUAUGAGAAAUUCUCUACCGA